AUGAAUGACACUGAUGAGGAGCCCGCGGAGGCAGUAGCUACAUUCACACUGAUGCCGCCUAAGUUUCGUCUACAUCGUGACAUCAUAUUCAGCCUUGAUGAUUUGUUUUCUUCCCUCGGCGGUACAACAGCUCUCUUCGUUGGAGCCAGCGUUUUGACAGUGGUUGAGUCGAUACUCUUCAUUAUUAGAUACAUUGUGUCGACUUUGGUUGAAUGGCAUCAUAAAAGAAAAUUUAAAUACCAAAAA